UAGUAUUUCAUGGUAAUGGAGAUUUAUCAAAACAGUGAAGCAAACCAGUUCUCUUGUGGUUUGUGUGGUGUAAAUUUUAGUCUCAGCUAUCUUUUACGUAAACAUAUUAAAACUCAUACUGUUGGAAAAUACAAAUGCAACCUAUGUGAAAAAGCUUUUCACGCGAUCAAAGUUUUAAAUGUACACACAAGAACACACACAGGUGAGGGGCCUUAUAAAUGUGACGUGUGUGGUCAAGGUUUAUGUUCAAAUCAAUCUUUAAAAUCUCACACGAGAAUUCAUACGGGUGAAAAGCCGUUUAGAUGUAUAGUAUGCGAAAGACGGUUUAAACAUCGUUCACAUUUGUCAAGACAUAUAAAAAUACACACUAAUGAUAGACCGUACGUGUGUAAUGAGUGUGGAACACGAUAUAUUGGGAGAACAGACUUAACACGACACAUGAUAAAACACACCGAGGAAAAAAGUACUGUGCGUGAAAAACCGUAUAAGUGUGAUGAGUGUGGUAAAUGCUUUAAACAUGAUAAGAAUAUGAAAAAGCACAUGAAAACACAUAACUUACUCAUAACAAGCACAUCUGAUAAAAGUCAAGAAAUAGGUAUUAGUAAACCUACCGAUGACAUUGUAAUUGUACUUCACAAAUGUAAUUUUUGUGAUGAAGCAUUUAGCCAAAAAGGAAAUAUGUAUGCACACCAGAAAACACACAAGAAUGAUAAAGAAUUGAAAUGUGAUGUAUGUGGUAAUGGCUUUCCACAAAAUAUUGAGUUACAAGCGCACAUAGAAAUACACACUGGUGAAAAACUUUAUAAAUGUUAUACGUGUGGCAAUGAAUUUAUUUCUAAUGCAAAUUUAAAGAUUCACAUGAGAACACAUACUGGCGAAAAUCCGUUCGAAUGCGAAUUAUGUGGUAAAAGGUUUAAUCAUGGUUCACAUGUGUCACGACAUAUGAAAAUACAUACUGGUGAAAGACCAUACGUGUGUAAUAAGUGUGGGAAAGGGUUUAUUGAGAAAUGUGACUUAAAACGACAUGAUAUGAAAACACAUACUGAAAAACUCCAAAGUGUCACGAGUAACACGUAUUCCGAAGAGAACAAGACUGUUCUCAUAUCUAAGGAGGAAAACUCUUCUAAAUGUGAUGAAGUUUGUAGUUUACACGUGAAAGAAAACGAGAAAACACAAACGCUUAUUAAAAAUGGCGAAUCUUUUAAAUGCAACAAUGAAAUAAAUAAGUUAGACGAUUCAUGUCUAACUUCAAAGAAUCAUACGGGAACAGCUAAUGGCUACACCCACACAACUGAUGUUAAAGGUGAAGGUCAAAGUGAAAAGGAACACAUACAGACACACUUGAAAAUUUAUACUAGUUUAAAACCUUUCAAGUGUAAGGAUUGCGUGGAAGAGUUUUUGAAGGAGAGCAGUUUGCAGUCACAUAUGAUCAAGCAUUCAGGAGAGCAACCUUUUAAAUGCAAGGAGUGUGGUAAAGGUUUUAUGGGAGAAAAACGAUUACAGUCACACUAUUUAGUACAUUCUGGAGAUAGAUCGUUUGAGUGCGAUGAAUGUGGCAAAGGAUUCAUAACAAAUAGUUCUUUAAAUGCACACUUGAUAACGCAUUCUAGUGACAGACCUUUUAAGUGUGUUAUAUGUAACAAAACAUUUAAGCAGCAGGCAUGCUUACAAAAUCAUGCAAGAAUACAUUCGCCUGAAGACCAGUUUGAAUGCGAUGUAUGCAACAAACGCUUUGCUGCAAGAAAAAGCUUAAGAAGGCACAGACGAAUACAUACAGGAGAGACAAGCACAUGCAAUAUCUGUGGGAAGGAGUUCACUUUUAUUGAUAGUAUGAAGGCACAUAUGAGAACACAUACUGGUGAAAAACCAUACAUGUGUACUAAAUGUGGGAAGCGAUUCAGUCAAUCACAAAUUUUGAAAAGGCACAUGAAAAUCCAUACGGGUGAAAAACCUCAUAUGUGUGAUGAGUGUGGUAAACGGUUUAUUGAUGGCAGAGACAUGAGGAGACAUAUGAAAAUACAUACUAGGAAAAAAGUUAAUUGUACUUAGAUUAAAGACUAAGAAUUUAUGAAAUGGCAGACCACAUUGAAAAGAGGCGGGAAAAUACCUCCUGAAUUUAUUUCACAAUAGGGUCGUACAUUAGCAGUACGUUUUUACAUGAUAACAUAUUCGUGUGUGUAUAUUUAAUUCUAGAACCAGGGGCGUAGCUACCAGGAGGCAUAACAGCACGUGCAUCCACGUCGUUUUCACAAAAAAAAAAAAAAAAAAAAACAGAGAGUGAGAGGGAGAGGGGACAAAGUUAACUUAUAGGAAUUAGUCUUUCUAUGUAUGCAUUUUAAAAACUACACAAAUAAUACGAGCAAGAGGAAUACACAUGCAGCGAAAUUUUUAAUCCUGUAAGACAUGUAUGUGUACGAUAAUUUACAUACAACUGGUGUUAACAUGGCGGAACUUUUUAUAUUACGGACAUUGUUAAGAAACAAAACAGCUACAUAGUUGUCGGUACCACCACCAUAACGUAUACUCGCCUUGGGUGCAAACAAACAACAUAAUCCCUUUAGGGUUAACAAAAAAACUUGAAAAUUAUUAUUUUCCGCUUCUCCCGAAAGCACACAUCUUACUAAAACGAAGACUCUUCAACUCGUAUCGAUCCGGGAAUAAUGACUGUUACCUUGUGAACUAGUUCAAAAUUGACCAAGUAUGUAGGUCUUGACAACACGAAUACUUCAUUUUCACAACACGUAAACGUAUUCCCGUCCGGGUGUGCAUGAUAUAUUUGCUACUGGACAUUAAUAACCAUUUGAUCAAUCAAUAGUUUCCGUAAACUAAUAGAUGAGAAGUUGGUACUGCUGUUAUUAUAAAGAAAUUACACAUUUUCCAGUACAUGUAUUACAUGAAAAAUUGAUUGGUUGAUUAAAUAGGGAAUCACUGAAGCAUGAUUGGCGCGGGCCCCCUCUUUAAGCAGUCAGUGGGCCGCCACUUAUGAAAAUUUCUGGAUCCGCCACUGAUUUGGUUUUCGGGGGGUGGGGGGGGGGGGGUCUGAGAUAUUCAAGAGAAAAAAAUCUGGCCCUGAUUUUUGCCUUAAAAAAAAUUCUGGCCGUACCAAAAACAGGCGUAAUUUGUUUUUUUGGUUCACAUGUAAAUCCCAGGACACCCUCAGAAAAUCAAAUGGUCCGUGCCUAUAAACUCUUGUUGGUAUUUGAAUUACUAUUCUUGUGUUUCUUAAUGUUUUUAAAAGGGGUUUAGACUAAAGAGAGGGAUGUGACCGGAAUGUCUGUGUCGCCGAACUGGUAUACUGAGUACGUUUUUCAAGGACCGAAUGCAACCUGACUGCUGGGUGUGUCCUUUAGGUCUCCAUUUCUCGACCGCCAUUCAGAACUUCAUUGACAUUUCAGCCUCAUUCGUAGCCUUUGGUUGAUUUGGAACCACUCACUUCCCUUUUUGGGUGAAACAUUUCAACCAUACAUUUGGAUAAAAAUUGUUUUUUUUUGUCCGGCUUUCUUCGUGUCGGUCGUAUUGUAAAUUUCACUGAAUGUUCGUAUAUCUUGUUUACAACAAGAAAUCUGUGAGUUUAUGCUAACUAAUCGUACAGCAAACGUUAGUCACCGUUGCAAUUUUUUGUCUCCCCUGCGACUUGUGUCACAAAAAAAAACCCCGAGACUUAGGGAUAGUGAUUCGGCGGCUCUUGAAUUAAAAGCUUAAUAUUUCAAGGUAGGAUAUAUUGAUGUUUCAUACUUUGUAUAUAGAUGUCUUAUGUUACAAACAUACGAUGACUAGGGAGAUUUUUUCCAUGUCCAUUUUUUACUGACAAAUCCCACAUUAAAUAUAUUGGUACAUAGCUUUGGAUCCAUCCAAUCAUUUUAUAAUAGACAAUUGAUGGGGAGAAUACGGCAUCAACAAUGUCCAACCCUUACACUUUAAUUAUAGAAUAUACAUGCCCCACGUCAGGAACCGUUAAAUUUUUCUUAAUAUUUUUUUGUUAAUGUUACUUAUUUGUAUUGUUUAUUGGUUAUUUAGUAAUACAAUUGUUGUAGUUCAUUUUUAUAAAUAUCUUUUUCGAAUUCAACAGGAAUAUACACACUUCAAUAUUAUGGACAUAUGAAAUAAAGCACAAAAAACUUA